CCUCCCUUUCCGAAGCUCGCCCGCGAAGGCAGGAGGAGCUGCCGGCGCCUUCGGCUGAGGAGGAGGAGGAGAAGGAGGACUCGCGCCGGGAGGAGCGUCAGGUCCCGUUUUCCUCUCCGGCGUCUCGAAUACAAAGAUUACGGUGCAGAAGGAAAUUGCACUCGCCUCCUCCGCCCCCCGGUACCCGACACAAUGCACCAGCCGCCCGAGUCCGCCGCCGCGGCGGCCGCCGCAGACAUUAGUGCUAGGAAGAUGGCGCACCCGGCAAUGUUCCCUCGAAGGGGCAGCGGUGGUGGCAGCGCCUCUGCUCUCGGUGCAGCAGGUACCGGCGUCGGGAGUACUGCCACAUCCUCCGACGAUUUUCCGCCGCCCUCGCUGCUCCAGCCGCCGCCUCCCGCAGCAUCUUCCUCGUCGGGACCACAGCCUCCGCCUCCACAAAGCCUGAACCUCCUUCCGCAGGCUCAGCUGCAGGCACAGCCUCUUGCGCCAGGCGGAACUCAAAUGAAAAAGAAAAGUGGCUUCCAGAUAACUAGCGUCACUCCGGCUCAGAUCUCCGCCAGUAUCAGCUCCAACAACAGUAUCGCGGAGGACACUGAGAGCUAUGAUGAUCUGGAUGAGUCUCACACGGAAGACCUCUCUUCCUCCGAGAUCCUGGAUGUGUCACUUUCCAGGGCUACUGACUUAGGGGAGCCUGAACGCAGCUCCUCAGAAGAGACUCUGAAUAACUUCCAGGAAGCCGAGACACCUGGGGCAGUCUCUCCCAAUCAGCCCCACCUUCCUCAACCUCAUUUGCCUCACCUUCCCCAACAGAAUGUUGUGAUCAAUGGGAAUGCUCAUCCACACCACCUCCAUCACCAUCACAUUCAUCAUGGGCACCACCUCCACCACGGGCACCACCAUCCAUCCCAUGCUGCUGUGGCCAGUGCAUCCAUUCCUGGAGGACCACCCUCAAGCCCAGUGUCCAGAAAACUCUCCACAACUGGAAGCUCUGAUGGUGUUGCACCAGUUGCACCAGCUUCUGCUGUAUCAUCGAGCGUCUCACCUGCGUCUGUAAUGACUAAUAUCCGGGCUCCUAGCACUGCAGGCGGGAUAGGUAUAAAUUCUGUUCCUGGCGUUAAUACAGUGAAUAAUGUCGGUGUUGCUGCUGUGGGUAGUUUCAGUCCUAGUGUGACAAGCAGUGUGCUGGGUAGUGCUAAUAUAAGUACAAGCAAUAUUCCUAGUGCUGCUAGUGUGAGUGUUGGGCCUGGAGUUCCUAGUGGUGUAAAUGUGAGUAUCUUGAGUGGCAUGGGCAAUGGGACUGUGUCUUCUGCCACGGCUGUUAACAGUGUCCCCAGUGCAGCCCCAGGGAUGACUGUGGGAUUGGUUUCAAGUCAGCAGCAACAACCAACAGUUAACACGUCAAGGUUCAGAGUUGUGAAGUUAGAUUCUAGUUCGGAGCCUUUUAAAAAAGGCAGAUGGACCUGCACUGAGUUCUAUGAAAAAGAAAAUACUGUACCUGCUACUGAAGGCGUGGCGAUCAACAAGGUGGUGGAGACUGUAAGACAGAACCCGGUGGAAGUACCUUCUGAGAGAGAGAGCACGAGUGGGAGCUCUGUGAGCAGUAGUGUCAGCACUCUGAGUCACUACACAGAGAGUGUAGGAAGUGGAGAGAUGGGAACCCCUACAGCGGGGGCACAGCAGCAGCAGCCGCUGCAGGUACCAGCUCAUCAAGGGGUAGGCCUUCAACCCAUGGAUUUCAGUAGCACUGGGCCCCAGAGUUUUUCUCAGUCACAGAUAUCGCAAGUACAAUUACAGUCUCAAGAACUGAGCUAUCAGCAAAAGCAAGGUCUUCAGCCAGUACCUCUGCAAGCCACCAUUAAUGCUGCAACUAGUAUCCAGCCAGCACCUGUGAAUGUGGUUGGUGUAACUUCAGCUUUAGGUCAACAACCUUCCAUUUCUAGUCUGGCUCAACCCCAACUGCCAUAUUCCCAGACGGCUCCCCCAGUGCAAACUCCUCUUCCAGGGGCACCACCGCAGCAGUUACAAUAUGGACAACAUCAACCAAUGGUUUCUACGCAGUUGGCCCCGGGCCAUGGUCAACCGGUGACUCAGAAUCCUACUUCAGAGUUUGUGCAACAGCAGCCGAUCCUUCAGACAGCAAUGUCCUCUGGUCAGCCCAGUUCUGCAGGAGUGGGAGCAGGAACAACAGUGAUUCCUGUGGCUCAGCCCCAGGGCGUCCAGCUGCCAGUGCAGCCCACAGCAGUCCAAGCACAGCCUGCAGGGGCAGCGGGCCAACCUGUUGGCCAGGCUCCGACAGCAGUGUCUGCUGUACCUGCUGGCAGUCAAAUUGCAAAUAUUGGUCAACAGGCAAACAUCCCUGCAGCAGUGCAGCAGUCCUCUACCCAAGUUACACCUUCAGUUAUUCAGCAAGGUGCUCCUCCAUCUUCACAAGUAGUUCCACCUGCUCAAACUGGGAUUCUUCAUCAGGGAGUUCAAACUAGCGCUCCAAGCCUUCCUCAACAAUUGGUUAUUACACCCCAGAGUACCUUGUUAACUGUGCCUCCCCAGCCACAAGGAGUAGAACCAGUAGCUCAAGGAGUUGUUUCACAGCAGAUGCCUGCAGUUAGCCCUUUGCCCUCUGCUAGUAGUAUUUCUGUUACAAAUCAGGUUAGUUCAACUGGUCCUUCUGGAAUGCCUUCUGCCCCAACAAACUUGAUUCCACCACAGAAUAUAGCACAAACCCCUGCCACUCAAAAUGGUAAUUUGGUUCAAAGUGUUAGCCAACCUCCCUUGAUAGCAACUAAUAUAAAUUUGCCUUUGGCACAGCAGAUACCACUAAGUUCUACUCAGUUCUCUGCACAAUCGUUAGCUCAGGCCAUUGGAAGCCAAAUUGAAGAUGCCAGGCGUCCAGCGGAGCCCUCAUUAGUUGGCUUACCUCAGACUAUCAGUGGUGACAGUGGGGGAAUGUCGGCAGUUUCAGAUGGGAGUAGCAGCAGCCUAGCAGCCUCUGCUUCUCUUUUCCCGUUGAAGGUGCUACCGCUGACGACACCCCUGGUGGAUGGUGAAGAUGAGAGCUCCUCUGGUGCAAGCGUGGUAGCUAUUGACAACAAAAUCGAGCAAGCUAUGGAUCUGGUGAAAAGCCAUUUGAUGUAUGCGGUUCGAGAGGAAGUGGAGGUCCUGAAGGAGCAGAUCAAAGAACUCAUAGAGAAGAACUCCCAGCUGGAGCAGGAGAAUAACCUGCUGAAGACACUGGCCAGCCCCGAGCAGCUCGCCCAGUUUCAGGCCCAGCUGCAGACAGGGUCGCCGCCGGCCACCACGCAGCCCCAGGGCAGCACGCAGCCGCCUGCGCAGCCGGCGUCUCAGGGCUCGGGACCGACCGCCUAGCCGCCUGGGCCCACCCGCGCAGAACUGGCUGCUGCUGUCGGAACUGAACAGACCGCAGAAGAUGUGCUAGGGAGCGUCCGCCUCCACAGUCGCCCAUUUCAUUGCUCGCGGCAAAAAGAGACGUGAGACUGACAUGCCAUUCUCUCUUUUUCCCAGUAUUAAACACUCAUAUGCUUUCGGCUUGAAGACAUGUCCUAGUUGGGUGAAUUACAGGUUAACCAGAGAAUUAGCAUGGAUGUGCCGGGCAUCCCCCAGGCAGCUUGGCAGAUCUCGGAGAAGUAGUUUAGGUCGCGUGCUGCGGAACCGAGCCGAGCAGGGUGCCUUGCAACCCUUCCCCACCCCUCACCCCCUGCUCCGGGAGCCUCUCUCCCAUCUGCACAUGUAGGGUUCUCCAUGGGGUCGCCUAGCACUGGCGCUUCCCACCAGACUAUCCUCUCCUCCCCAGGAGGCAAUCCAGGGAGGCUCAAGACUAAGCCAAGGGGGGCGCAGAGUGCAUUGCACCAACAGACAACCGUCACCCGAGUCCAUACAAAACAAUAGUACUGUGCCUCUACUGAAACAGCAGAUGACGCAAAACUAUUCGAGUGACAAAAAAGCAAACGGUGACAGGUAGCUGGGGCCUAGGCAAUCUUCCCACGAAGGUUGUUUUGCUUAUUGUACAUUUGUGUAUGUAGUGUAACUAUUUUGUACCAUAGAGAACUGUAACUACUAUUUAGGUUGUACAGAUUGCCGUUUAGGAGCUUCGUUGGCUGUCUUGCAGAGGUGUGGAUCGUCUUUUAUAGAGAAAUGGACAUAGAAACUGCUCCACCACAAAAGCCACAUCCAGAAAUUUGACAGAUUUGGCCCAGUCACUUUGUGUGUACGCUGAAGUCUGCUGAAGAUCCUCAAGUAAAUCCUGUUCCCUGUCUUUGGGUUGAGAUCAGUUCUAGCUAGUGAGAGGGGUUCCCCUAGGGGUUCUGCAUAUUACCUGUAUAGUAGUUCUAUGCAUAUGUUUCUGUGCAUGUUCUCUACACAGUUGUGAGGUGUCACUGUAUUUAACUGUUGCACUUGUCAACUUUCAAUAAAGCAUAUAAAAAUGUUGAUAAA